AUGGAUAUUGAUGAAUAGAUAAAUGAUGAAGAAAUUAGAUAAGCAAAUGUAUAUAAUCUCUAUAUAUAUCAAGGAUUCUGAAGACUAGAAAUAAUGUAAUUUGAAUUUAUCAGAGAAUAUGAAAAUAGUAGAGUUUAAACAAGGACUUAAUGAGACUUCAUUUAUUAUUCAAUCUCUCAAACUUCAUUUCAUAUUUUAUAAUUUGAAUGAAGAUGAAUUGUAUUUAUGUCUAUAUAUGUGAAUAGAACAUAAGUAGCCAAUAAAAUGUUCUAUUGUGAAGCACAAUCUGGAACAUAUCUCUUUAGACAAGGUGAUUAAGCUCAAUGCUUUUUUAUAGUACAUCGUGGAAGUUUGGGAGUGACAGUCGAUGAUAUUGUAUUGUCUAUUUGAUUAUAUAUAUUAAUAGCCAAAAAGAGAACUUAGAGCUGGUGAAGGUUUUGGAGAAUUAGCUUUAUUAUAUGAUUCUCCUAGAUCUGCAUCAGUAAAAUGCUAUGAGAAUUGUUAUCUUUUUGGAAUAGAUAGAGUGAGUUUCAGAAGAGCAGUUGAAGAGAAAAUAUUACAAGAAUAUGAAGAAAAUAGGAAAUUCUUAGAAAAUGUUAGAUUUUUUUGUAAAAAUGAAGAUAAAUUAAUUUUAUAGAUGAUCUUACAAAUGAAUAAAAGGAUGCAAUUGCCUCUAUCUUAAAAACACUUAAGUUUUAUAGAUAAUAAAUGUUAGUUACAGAAGGAGAUCCAGGAUCUUCAUUUUAUAUUAUUAAAGAUGUACAUAUAUAUAAUAUAUAAGGGUACUGCAAUGGUAACUAAGAAUGGAAAAGAAAUAAAGAAGUUACAUAAGGGUGAUACAUUUGGUGAAUAAUCAUUAUUCUAUAAUACAAUGAGAUAAAUGUCUGUUUAAGCAGAAGAUGACAUAACUUGUUUAGUUGUAGGAAGAGAUGCAUUGACUAAAUUAUUAGGAGAUUAAAUCCAUAUUGUAACAUUUAGAAAUUUAUUGAAAUGGGCAUUUGAAAAGAAUGCAUUAUUGUAAAAAUUAACAAAGACUUAAAUUGAUAAGUCUAUUAAUCAACUUAAAUUAAUAUUAUAUAAAGCAGGUGAUAUAAUUAUGAAGAAAGGAACAUCAGUUUAAUAGAAAAUUAUUGUAGUAGUUGAAGGUUGUGUGAAGAAGAAUAAAUCAGGUAUAGUAAUUGCAACAAAAGGAUAGGUAUGGGGAGAAGAAUAUUUUCUAAUAAUGAAUAAAAAUAAAUUGUAUAUUUAUAUUAUAUACUUAGAUUUGAUGAUGAUAUUGUAAUGGAAACUGAUGGAGUAUUGGCAGAGAUGAGUUAUGAUAAUUUUAUUGAUUGUAUAGGAGGAUUCUUAGAAGAAGUAAUUAAAAAGAAUGAAAAGAUUUAAGAUAAGAAAAUGAAAUAUCAAAUUAAAUAGAAUAAUUAUGAAUCCAUUAAGAAAUCAGAUUUAAUUUUCAUUAAAUAAUUAGCUUUUGGUUAAUUUGGACCUGUCUAUCUAGUCAAAGCUAAAUCUAAUUAAUAACUAUUUACUUUAAAAACCUAUAACAAAUAUGAUAUUAAAUAAUAUUAAUUGGAAAAGUAUUGUAUUUGUAUAAUUAGUUUUUUUGAAACAGAAAAAUAAGUACUUGAAUCUUUACAAUCACCAUUUAUUAUUAAAUUUUAUAGAACUUUUUAAGAUGAUUAUGAUUUAUUCUUACUAUAAGAAUUUGUUAAUGGUAAAGAAUUAUAUGAUGUAAUUCGUGAUAUUGGUAAAAUAUCUAUUAAUUAAUAGGAUUACUCUCUAGUUAUGAUUCUUAAUUGUAUAUUGCAUCAAUGAUAUUAAUUGUUGAAUAUUUCUACAAGUAAAAAAUUAUACAUCGUGAUAUUAAACCAGAAAAUUUCAUGGUAGAUUCUAGAGGAUACUUAAAAUUAAUUGAUGUUGGAAUUGCAAAACCCUUCUCUACUAAAAAUGAUCUUAAUAGAACAUUUACAAUAAUUGGAACUCCUUAUUGUAAUAUUUUAAUAGUUAUUUAAGAUAUGGCACCUGAAGUUAUUUGUGGAAAGGGGUACAAUAAUUUAGUUGAUUUAUGGUCUAUUGGAAUUUGUUUAUUUGAAUUUCUCUGUGGAUAUGUACCUUUUGGAGAAGAUGCUGAAGAUCCAUAUGAAAUUUAUGAGUAAAUCAUUAAGAAUGAUAUUAUAUAUCCAUAGUUUUUUAAAGAUAGAAAGGCCAAAAAGUUAAUAGAAUAGUAUUCAUUUAAUUUUUAAUUAGGUUGCUUUCAAAAAUUCCAGAAGUAAGAUUAGGCAAUUCAUUUGCAAAUCUAAAAGGACAUCAGUGGUUUGAAAAUUUUGAUUGGGUAGAUAUGAAUUAUUUAUAUAAAAUAGGAUAAAUUAAUAGAUUAAGAUAUUCCAAAUAGAUAUAUACCUAAUUAAGAUUAACUAAUUACUAGUGUAGAUAUAAAAUAAGCUGAUUAAUAAUAUAGAAUGAUUGAUGAUGAAAUUAAAGUAACAUCAUUAAAAUAACAUUAUAUUUAGUAUGAAUAAUAAUAGCGUCAAAUACUUGAGAAAAUAGUUUUUGAUGGCCAUUUAAAUGAUUUUUGA